GUAGAAACGAGACAAGAUCGCUUUCAAAAAUUCGGCGGGCUCUGCGGUUGCUGGAACGGGAGGAAGGCACAAAUCAAACAAUGUUGUCCACGAAGAUGAGUGAAGGCUUAAAAGUCUCCAAUGAUGAUGGAGAAGAUGAGCAGGAGCGGCGCCGGGCUGUAGUAAAUCGCUUACGUUCUGCGAAAGUCACCUACAAGAAACUGGACUUUGUGACAAUGCAGCGCCUGCUCAAGAAAAAUCCAUCAGAUGAUGCAGAGAAGAAAGAGCACGAAGCGGAACCAUACCACGUCUUGUAUAAUAAGUGGGAAAAGCGCGAUCGCGGAGGCGAAAAAUUGGCUAAAGAACCAUGGUUUCGUUUGCGCUGGUGGCGCAUGCGCGAGCACCUUGAGGGCACCUCCGAUCCUGAAGACGUGCGACGAAGCGUUCUUUUUGAGGAUUUUUCAGCAUUCUCGCCCUCAGAGACCAUCUCAAGAUCAUCAGGUACCACAACCAGUUUGAACCAGCUACCACCGCAUACUCCGGAUGUGCUUAUCACUGUCGACGUCGAUACCAUUCCUAACAUCGCUUGCUUCGACGAUGUGGCUUUGCACCGGCUCGUCGAUCACCAUCAUGUCGCCGUCAAGGACACGCCACCGAUGUCGGAAGUCAACACUGGCGGCCUCAUGGUUGUGCGAAACAGUGUGUGGGCGAGGUUAUUUCUGCAAGAGCUAGUAGAAACGUUACAACUGUUUUAUUACACGCCAGUUCAACACCCGGAUAUGGUAGCUACCAUCGACGCUUUGAAUUUCCUACUCAAGGUGGAAAUUUUGGCAAAACUGGAUUUGUUGGUCGUGGACACGCGGUCUUCAAUAUCGAGACCAGCUGCAGCUGCAGCUUCGUCUAAAGAAGAACGAGAAGAAUUUGACAAUAAGAAAUGGCAGGCGCAGUUGCAGUGGAUGAGCGAGGAAGCUGGGCGGGUCUUGGACACAUCGCCGACGGAUCUCGUUGCGUGGGAGAAGGCCGUACUUCGCAAAAACGUAGGUCAGAUCUUGGAGUUCAUGGAUCUAUCGGAAUGUUUCCGCAGCUACAACGUCGAAGCGAAGUCGCAAUACAACGUUGCGAGCUGUUGGAACGACCAAGUGCAGGGCCUUUUGCAAAUUCUCAAUAGACUGCCGACUUUCGAUGCGGCCGCGGGCGGGACUCUGGUUGAUGGAUCAGGUUGUAGAAGCAGCAAGAACAAGUUUCAGAAAGAAGUUGCGCUGGCACGGCAAUCGCUUGUCUAUUGGAUGCAAGGCGCGACGAUUCGCGGGAACAUGCGGCAGCUCAAUGCCGAAGUCGUGACGGACUUAGCCGAUAUGGAACGGGCGUGGCCGCAUUUGUUGACGCCUGAGGUCCGCGAGAGCGUUCGAAAAGCAGCAUAUCCGGACAGCCUGCUGCAGCGCUUGCCACUUGCAGAUGAGCAUGUUUUGGGGAAAGAGAUGACGACCACGAGCGUCAAGCCGCAUGAAGAAAACAGAUCAAAGGCCAAAAAUCCUGAGAGUGCCAAGGCUGUCGAACAGCAAGAAAAGACGGAAAAACAGCUCCAUCAAGUCGAAGAGGAGAGCGACUCCGCCACUGCAGUCGCGGCCGGUAACACGAUAGCUCCGCAGAAGAGUGCGGCUGCGCUCGUCCCAGAGUUGCUUGCUUGGCGGGACAUCGACUCGCCCUUCCCGUCCAUGUCUACGACAGUGAAGGAUAUCAAAAGACGGGUCUUCAUGCUUUACGGUUUCCCAGAUCGUUUCCAGAAGUGGUUAUACGAAAAUCAAGAGGUUGGCAUGCCAAGUCGCCGCCAACGCUUUAUCUCGGAAGUAGUGCACUUUGUGAACCCUCGGACGCUGGAAAUAAAUUUUCGCCCAGCCUACUUCAUACACCCGCCGGAAGAUCUCGUCGAAACGAUUGCCUCUGCUGUUAUGAGAAGGCGGAAAAUUUACACCGUAGUGCCCGCUCCUAGCUAUUAAAUGAAUAUUUUCGGACCUAUCAAUAACACUAAGAAAAGUGUUAACAAGAGGAAGCCCUUACUAAAUCGAAGAAAACGAUCGAAGGAUUUAGUUUUCCUUCUAAUCCUAGCAUCGAUCACGCUGGGCGAUGCACAACCAUGCCAGAAGGUUUCACUCCGAUGGUAGCGCAUUGGCCUGGUCUACGUUGGGCUGAAAAACAGGUCUCUAUGCUCUGGUACAUGCGCCGCUUUAAUAUCUCGCGAACGGUAGAGAAGGAAUGGUAUGACAUCACUGCUUGGAGAAGCUUUUUCAAAUCUUCAAAAAGGAUUCCAGGCCUAGAAAACGUUUCCCCUCCAGACUGGCGGCAUCUUCUUCUGAACGUGACCGAUGCAGAUGGUUUUUGUGGGAAGGUUCUAGUCGCAAACUCUAUCUGUCAACCUGGAACGCCGCUUCACAAGAUACCCUGUUCAAGUUCGGGGAACUACCUUUGCGGAUAAGGUGCUGACGUGGUUACCUAAGCGUCAUCUGAUGCAUGAGCAACCUUAUAUACAUUAAAUGAUUCGAGUAUCCUUAUAUAUAUAGAUACAUUAAAUGAUUCGAGUCUACUCUCACAGUUAACCAUUAUUUUAGGACUCCCGUUUAUCACUCACGAGCUUCGGUUUGACGAGCAUAAGUUUUGAUGUUUCACAAGCAAAUGCCUUUUCGUAGUAUCUAUGGACAUUCAAAAAACGUUGGCCUAGUACCGCGUUGUCUUGCCUUGCUAACGUUGUUUGCUCUGUACAUUAUCCACAGCUCACUCUUCAGAACAAAGAUCCAAUCGCUUGUUAUGUAAAUGAACUGCUUAGCCCCUUGCUUUUCCGUGGUAAAGACAUCAACAUCAUCGACGGUGCGGAGUGCAAAGGAUUAU